AUGGCAGAAUCUGCUGGCUGGUCCCUCACCGAGUCUGAUCCGGGUGUUUUCACUGGCUUGCUGCACGAGCUGGGCGUGCGAGGCUUGGAGGUCGAGGAGCUGUGGGGCUUGGACGCGCAGCUACUUCAGGAUCUCGAGUUUGUCCCACCGGUCUUUGCGCUCGUCUUCCUGUUCAAAUGGGUCGGGCAUGGCGACCCGGAAAAGAUGGACGGCAAGCUGGAGGAGCCGGCAGGUCCACACUAUUUCGCUCAUCAGGUCAUCAACAACGCUUGCGCAAGUAUCGCUCUGCUGAAUGCGACGCUCAACAUCCGCGACCCGAACGUCCAGCUUGGCGAGGAGCUCAGUAACCUGCAGCUCUUCUCCGAAGGCCUCGACCCGGAGACGCGCGGCUGGACGAUCAGCAACUCUGAAAAGAUCCGCGAAGUGCACAACUCGUUCGCCCGCUCCGACCCGUUCCACCUCGAGGAAAACCGCCCGCAGGACGAGCACGAGGACGCCUACCACUUUAUCGCGUAUCUGCCGAUUGGCGACAAGCUGUACGAGCUUGAUGGCUUGAAGCCGAUGCCGGUAUCGCACGGCGAGAUUCCUGGAGGGCGGGAGAAGUGGACGGACAUGGCGCGAGAGGUCCUCGAGCGACGGAUCGCGACCUACCCUGCCGGCGAGGUCAUGUUCAACCUUCUCGCUGUGACAGGCCGACGAACGGCUCUCCAGAAGCGCCUGGCGGAGCUCGAGGCGGCUGAUCAGAGCAGCGGAGAAGUGCAGGCUGAGUUGGUGGAUGUGCGGGACAAGCUGCAGGGUAUCGAGGAGCGGCUGAAGGACUGGGAGGUCGAGAACACGCUGCGACGGCACAACUACAUUGGGUUGGUCCACGCGCUCCUCGUCGAAUCGGCCAAGCAGGACAAGCUCAAACCGCAAAUCGAUGAAGCGAAGCAGAAGAUGAAGCAGAAGAUCGAGGAAAAGCGGAGGAAGGGGGAAAUGAUGGACGAGGACGACUGA